AUGAAUGUGAUACCGGUGACUUCUGUGCUACUGAUGGUGAUAGCUGUAGGCAGUGCGUAUAUAACAGGCAACGGGUACAAGAUCCUCACCAAACAUUCGUCGCAAUACUUCGGCAAUGGUGCGAACUCCAUCGAUUCCUAUCAACCGCUGGGAAUUGGAUCGGGAUACAGUGAAGCCGGCCUAGUUGGUUACAAAUCCAGCCAGGAUGGAGGUUACCCAGAGAACGGUUAUGACUACAGUGAUCACUACGCUUAUCCAAAGUACAAGUACGAUUACGGCGUGCAGGACGCACACACCGGUGACCACAAGAGCCAGUGGGAGAUCCGAGAUGGGGACGUUGUUAAGGGUGGCUACACACUGUAUGAUGCCGACGGCACCAAGCGUGUAGUGGAAUACACCGCGGAUAAGCACAAUGGAUUCAAUGCCGUUGUUAAAAAGAUUGGCCAUGCCAGCCAUCCACAGGUGUACAAGACGGAGCACGGCAUUUCUGGCGGUGGCUACGAUGAAGCGGAGGGAUACAGCUACAGCAACAUCAAUCAACAUCUGUAA